AUGUUUCUUGUACCCCUCUACUCUCUCUUCCAAAUUGAAGAAACUCAUACUCUAAUUAUAUUCCAGCCAAGGUUACAUCAAAUUAAGAAAGCCAUGGAGGAAAGACAGGAACCAAAGCCUCCAAAGAUCAACUUAAGGGGCAAGAAGUUAUCUGUAACAGAAAUCAACUUGGAGGAAAUAAAGAGGCAUCCAACAGUGCAUGUCUCGCCUCGAGGACCAGGGAACUCGACCAAGCCAUCAGGCGCAAGGUGGAACUGCCUCUGCUCUCCCACCACGCAUGCAGGCUCCUUCAGGUGCCGUCAGCACAGACUUGGUGGCAUGACAAGGGGAGGCUCUGUCGGAUCAAAACUUUCGUUGCUUGCCAACUCGAAAUCCCAUCCCAUCAUCAGUGAUUCUCUCCAAGCUCAGUAG